CAGCCAAUCGCCAAAGCCUCCGGGAUGUUUCCAUCUAGUGAUUCGUUGCAAGGAUCCGAAGACUGUUGGGCUAAACUUCUCAUGAAGAACUUGCCCGUGACACCGGGACCGACCGAAGCAUACAAAUAUCCGCCUGCUCCGAUGACCUCGAAAGGGCCGAGCAAGCAUAUCCAUGACCAAAAAGGGAAAAAAUCAUUCACGCCUGCUUAUCGUCUCAAGCCGACGGUAUCGCCUCAAACGCUGAUUGACAGAUACAUGCAAGGUGAGACGCACGCCGUGAGCAUGCUCCAUGAGCUCGCAAUGACUUUGCAGUUCCACCUGGAAAUGAAAGAAACGGUGACGACAGGCAACAUCCCGGGGCUCUACUUUGCCUUUUGUGCGGUGAUUGAUGGCGUCGAGUACAGGACCGGCAUGGGAACGACCAAGAAGGAUGCCAAGCUGAAGGCGGCAGAGUUGGCUUUGGAGGAUCUGCUGCCCACCCUGGGAAGUGUGGAGUCUGGUCUUCCUGAGGCCUCAGAUGCCCCUCCACUCCUCCCAGUAAGAGAGGAGCCCUCCCUCUCUGAUGUGUAUCCCUGUAGAGCCAAUCAUGAAAAGAGGAGUUCUGUCAACCUGCAGCUCCCUCAGGCCGUCAGGGAUCAGCUCACUCAACUGAUGAGCAGCCACCUGGAGUUCUCUGCGUGCGCGGGCACCACGGCAGCUUUCAUCGUUCAGACCCCCAGCGGGUGUGAGGUGGUCGCUCUCGGCACCGGGAACUUCAACACCAAAGAGAGCGGCUCAUCCAGCGGACGGAUCUUACACGACUCGCAUGCUGUCGUCACCGCCAGGAGAUCUCUCAUGAGGUUUCUGUACCGGCACCUGCUGAUGUUCUUCAGCAAAACGGCCAAUCUGACGGAGAAGUCGGUCUUCGAGCAGAGCGGCAGCGGCGGCCUCCUCAGCCUGAAGAGCGGCAUCAGCCUUCACCUUUAUGUGAAUCAACUGCCGAAGGGGGCGGCUCAGAUCCCGUCCAGGCUGCGUCUGAACCCCCUCUCCGUUUCGGCGUGGCAAGCCAACAACGAGAUCAGCCUGCACCUGUCCGUGGAGGGCAAGGUGUUCUCAGUUUUCUCAUCGUCCUUCGACCACUCUCCCUCCACUGCGGUCAGCAUGUCCGCCACAGACAAGAUCACUCAGUGGCAGGUGCUCGGAUACCAGGGAGCCCUGCUCAGCCACUUCCUCGAACCCGUCUACGUCCAGAGCAUCCUCAUAGGUGAUUCCUGCUGCAGGGAUAUCCGUGGCAUGGAGAUGUCAGUGAGCCAGCGUGUGGAGGGGAUCACCUCUCAGCUGCCGAUGUUCUACUGCAUGAUGAGGCCCCACAUCAGCCUGGCGCCCUCCGUGGCUACUGACAGCAACGACGGCGGUCAGUUGACCUACGGUAUCAACUGGAGCGAGGGGGACGGCUCCCUGGAGGUCGUGGACGGUCUGCAGGGCAAGACCAUAGAGGAAUCUCCCUUCAAGAGUGGAUCUGCUCUGGCAAGUCGUCUGUGCAAAGCCGCGAUGCUGCACCGCUUCAAGCUGGUGGCCAUAGAAGCCCAGAGACAGGACCUGCUGGCCACGAGCUCCUACAGGGAGGCCAAGAGGAUGGCGAAGCCGUACCAGGAGGCGAAGACCAUGCUGAGGACGUACCUGUCGCAGCAGGGCUUCGGGUCCUGGCUGGUCAAACUAUCGGUUGAGGAGAAUUUCAGCAUGUAGAUAAAAAAAUCUACCGUCUGGAAGUGACAAACUAAGUUCUAUUUUCUAACGUACUUACUGUAGGACUUGACCAUUUCUGAUAAGAAGUUUCUGUUGAGGUUUCCAAAGGGAUUAAAGUAAAUCCCUGUCCGUGUUUAAGCAGUUCAGAUUUCCCUAUGAGGAAUACACAUGUUGUACGUUUGGAUAAAAUAACCAACUUGUGUUGCAGCUCUGCUACGAGCCUUUACAACCGUUAUAGUUCUGCUUAGUUGAUCGUACAUUUAUCUUUGUUCUUCUACAUAUACAUAUAAUGUAUAUUUGCAUUAUUUUCAAAUAUGUUACUGUUAAAAAUAGUAUUUUUUGCUACUGUGUGUUAUAGAAAAUGACCUUUUACUUUUGAACUGCACCUUUUGCAUUAUAAAACCGAGGCUCAGAAGUAUAACAAGUUAUGUUGUUUCAUAAAAGACCCAAGUUUGGUUUAAGUUAAGUUAAGAUUUGUGUUUUUUAAUGAUUUGUUUUGUUUUUCUUUCACAUUAAGUGGUUAA